GUCGUUGAAGUCCUUACAAAAAGAGCAACACUGACUGCACAUAAGACAUCACGCUACAGUAAAUAUCAUGCCAAAAGAGCAAUUUUGCGUAUGAUCAUCGACUUUUUAUAUGUUGGGUCUUAUCUUUGUCCAUUGUCGAGUUCAAUUCACCUGUGGUGGUAUAUCUUGACACUCCAUCUAUGUAGUCAACACUCAACAUCUCUCAAUGUGUAAAACGAUCCAUCCAUCCAGCUAAGAAACAUAUUCAUGUCAAUAAUUAUAUCACCAGCUACUACAACAUCAUCUGCCAUUAAUACUACCACUGUUUUAUCAAAAUAUAGUUCUGCCAUGUUAUUAUUGUCAACUGUUUUAUAUGAUGGUGAUGGUGAUGAUGAUGAUGAUCCACUUGCAGAAGAUGAUGAUCUUCAACGUCGUAUCGGACUCUCAAUAGCGUAUCGGUAUCGGCCUUCCGUACCGGUGUGCCGGUACUUGUGCAAACCAGAGGUUCGGUUUCGAGUAUGAAUAGAGCUGUCUUGAUCUUGGGGAUCAUGAGUACUAUAUCAUUUUGGUGUAUAGGUACAAGGAGUAACUACUAAAUUUGGGUGGUUUUUGAAACCUUUAUUUGGUGGUCUUUCUUAAUUGUUCUAUCAAUUUCAGUGUUUUGUGUAAUCAAAAGAAAAGAAAGAGAGAUAUUUUUGGUGUUUUUGUAUAAGCAUGGCGACCUUAAAACGCAAGUAUUCAUGGUGGAGUCCAAAGCAUUCAAAAUGGCUUCAGGAAAAUCUUACAGAUAUGGAUGCAAAAGUAACUGUGAUGGCCGAUCUCAUAAAAGAGGAUGCAAAUUAUUUCUCAAGAAGGCCAAAGACGUAUCACAAGAAGCGACCUGAGUUACUGAAACUGGUUGAAGAAUCUUAUCUAGCAUAUCGGGCUCUAGCGGAAAGAUAUGAUCAUGCAAUAGGGGUACUUCACCAGGCUCGUAAGACUACAUUAGAUGUUUUUCCAUAUCAAAUUCCCUUCAGUGCUGAUUCAUCUUCCUCUCCUGAUGGCUUGCACAAGGAAGGUUCAGGUCUUUCUCCAUCGCAAUCUCGUUCCACUGGCCAAAAAAGACCCGGACAGGUAAAACGCAAGUACUCAUGGUGGAGUCCGAAGAAUUCAAAAUGGCUUCAAGAAAAUCUUACAGAUAUGGAUGCAAAAGUAACUGUGAUGAUCAAGCUCAUAAAAGAAGAUUCAGAUCAUUUUUCAAAAAGGCCGAAGAUGUAUUACAUAAAGCAAUCUGAUGAGUUACUGAAACUGGUGGAAGCAUCUUACCGAGCAUAUCUGGCUCUAGGGGAAAGAUAUGAUUAUGCAACAUGGGCACUUCGCCAGGCUCAUAAGACUAUGUUAGAAGCAUUUUCGAGUCAAAUUUCCUUCAAUUAUGAUUCACCUUGCUCGGGCUAUCCUGCUGCUGAAGGGUUUAUACUGCCACAGCCAAUACGUGCAUUUUUGUACCCUAAUGGCUUGCACAAGGAAGGUUCAGGUCUUUCUCCAGCGCAGUCUUGUUCUGCCGGCAAAAAAAGACUCAGACCGGGAAAUUACCUGUUUGGAUCAGGAGGAGGAGCAGAAGAACAGGCGAAGUUCGCCAAAAGAAAAGUGACGAAGGACCAAAACACUUGCGACAAAGGUAAUGAGGUGCUCACAGAACAGAAGGUCAAACAGCGCAAACAAAGUUCAAAAACUGGUUUAUCUGGACAGAAUAUCAAGACAGGGUUCAUGUCCGAGGAUGAAUUAGUUGGGAAAGUUGAUGAUGUAGUUCUGAAACUAAAGCAACUGAUCACAAAGUUACAAUCUGGAAACAAAAUUAGCCUUCAGUACCAAAAGAGUUUGGAGAAAGUAUCUAAUAUGAAAUCCAGAGAACUAAGUGAGCAGGCAAUUAAAGAAGAAAGUGAAUUUGGAACUUUAACACACUCUUUCUCUAAGGCUGGAGCAGGGGUAACCAACUGUUUAAAAUGCUUAGAGAGUUUAUCUGAUCUAGAGACCAAACUUUCACAUUCCCAAGAAGAGGCCGCAGUCCUGAAUGAGCGAGCAAGUAAAGCUGAAACAGAAGUCCAAAUCCUAAAGCAAGACCUCACCAGAUUAGAGGGAGAAAAUGAAGCUGCUGUUGUUCGAGAUAAGCAAUGCUUGGAGAGGAUAUCAAAUUUGGAGACUAAACUCUCUCAUGCCGAGGAUGAAGCUAGAAGACAUAUCGAGAGAACCAAAGUUCUCAAUGAAAAAAACUUGUCUUGUACCAUGUCGAUUAAGAAAUUGCAAGAUGAAGUCUUGUGCUUGAAGGAAGCAGAAGAGGCCGGAUUACUGAAUGAGCAAGUAUUGAUAGCGCGAGCAAGUAAAGCUGAAGCAGAAGUUCAAAUCCUAAAGCAAGACCUCACCAGAUUAGAGGGUGAAAAUGAAGCUGUAAUUCUUCGAAAUAAGCAAUGUUUGGAGAAGAUAUCAAAUUCGGAGACUCAACUCUCUCAUGCGGAGGCUGAAAUUAGAAGACAUAUCGAGAGAACCAAAGUUCUCGAUGAGAAAAACUUGUCUUGUACCAUGUUGGUCAAGAAUUUGCAAGAUGAAGUUUUGUGCUUGAAGGAAGCAAAAGAGGCCGGAGUACUGAAUGAGCAAGUAUCGGUAGAGCGAGCAAUGAUUGCUGAAACAGAAGUUCAAAUCUUAAAGAAGGACCUCACCAGAUUAGAGGGUGAAAAUGAAGCUGCUAUUCUUCAAUACAAGCAAUGCCUGGAGAAGAUAUCAGAUUUGGAGACUAAACUCUCUCAUGUCGAUGAUGAAACUAGAAAACAUAACGAGAGAGCCAAAAUACUUGACGAGGAAAACUUGUCUUGUGCCUUAACGAUUAAGAAUUUGCAAGACGAAGUCUUGUUCUUGAAGGAAGCAGAAGACGAUCUUAAAGAACAGGUCGAGCUUCGUUUGGGAGAAAGAAAUGCUUUUCAGCAAGUAAUAUACUGCCUUAAAGAAGAAAUAAAUGAAUUGAAUGUGCAGUACCAUAGUGUCGUGGAACAAGUAAAGCAUGUUGGGUUGAAACCAGAUUCCAUUGAGUUGUCAGUGACGAGCUUACAACAGGAGAAUUCUGAGAUGAAAGAGCUGUACCAUGAGGCGAAAGAAGAAAAUGCAUCUCUUUUGGCGAAGAUGGAGCAAAUGGAGAAGUUGCUGCAAAAUAAUGCCCAUUUAGAAACUUCUCUUUCAGAUGUGAAUGCAGAGUUAGAAGAGUUGAGGGAAAAACUAAAGGCACAGGAAGAAACCAGCAACUCCCUUCACCAAACGAAGUCUAAUCUUGUAGCUGAGAAGACCGCCCUUGUUUCCCAAGUAGAGAUUGCUACUGAGAAUAUAACAAGACUUGCAGAGAAAAACAUCUUCCUCGAGAAAUCUCUCUUUGACGUUAAUGCUGAGCUUGAAGAGUCUAGUACGAAAUCAAGGAACUUGGAAGAAUCUUUUCACUCUCUCAAGAAUGAGAGGCUGGGUCUUGUUACCGAAAGGGACACACUGGUUGCCAAGUUAGAAAGCAUGCGUGAAAGGCAAGAAGGUCUCGAGAAACGUUGCACACAGUUGGGUGAAAAACAUGUGUCUCUGGAGAAUGAGAAAGAGGCAAUAUGUCACGAAGCCACAGAGGUACAGGGCUUACUGGACCAAGAAAAAAAAAUGCACGCAAAUUUUGCUCAGAGCAAUGAGAUCCUCAUAGGUAAUCUUGUUGCUGAGAAGGCCGCCCUUCUUUCCCAAGUAGAGAUUGCUACUGAGAGUCUAUCAAGACUUGCUGAGGAAAACAUCGUCCUUGAAAAUUCACUCAAUGAGGUUAAUGCUGAGUUUGAAGCGUCUAAGACUAAAUCAAAGAACUUGGAAGAAUCUUUCCACUCUCUCAAGAAUGAGAGGUUGGGUCUUGUUACUGAAAGGGACACACUUAUCACCCAGUUAGAAAGCAUGCGUGAAAGGCUGGAAGGUAUCGAGAAAUGUAGCGCAGAGUUGGCUGAUCUGGAGAAGGAGAAAGAGGCACUACUUCUUGAAGUCACAGAAGUACAGGGCUUACUGGACCAAGAAAAAAAAAUGCAUGCAAGUUUUGCUCAGAGAAAUGAGGUCCGUAUAGGUAAUCUUGUUGCUGAGAACGCCACCCUUGUUUCCCAAGUAGAGAUUGCUGCUGAGAGUCUAGCAAGACUUGCAGAGAAAAAUGCGUUCCUCGAAAAAUCUCUCAAUGAUGUUAAUGCUGAGCUUGAAGAGUCUAAGACUAAAUCAAAGAGCUUGGAAGAAUCUUUCCACACUCUCAAGAAUGAGAGUUUGGGUCUUGUUACUGAAAGGGACACACUUAUCACCAAGUUAGAAAGCAUGCGGGAAAGGCAGGAAGGUCUCGAGAAAUAUAGCGCAGAGGUGGGUGAAAAACAUGUUUAUCUGGAGAAAGAGAACGAGGCACUACUUCAUGAAGUCACGGAAGUACGGGGCUUACUGGACCAAGAAAAAAGAAUGCAUGCAAGUUUUGUUCAGAGCAAUGAGAUCCUUAUAGGUAAUCUUGUUGCUGAGAAGGCUGGCCUUUGUUCCGAAGUAGAGAUUGCUUCUGAGAGUCUUGAAAGACAUGCAGAGAAAAAUGCUCUCCUCGAAAAAUCUCUCGAUGAAGUUAAUGCUGAGCUUGAAGAGUCUAUGACUAAAUCAAAGAGCUUGGAAGAAUCUUUCCGCUGUCUCAAAAAUGAGAGGUUGGGUCUUGUUACUGAAAGGGACACACUUGUCACCAAGUUAAAAAGCAUGCGGGAAAGGCAGGAAGAUCUCGAGAAAUAUAGCUCAGAGGUGGAUGAAAAACAUGUGUAUCUGGAGAAAGAGAAUGAGGCACUACUUCAUGAAGUCACAGAAGUACGGGGAUUACUGGACCAAGAAAAAAGAAUGCAUGCAAGUAUUGCUGCCAGCAAUGAGAUCCUCAUAGGUAAUCUUGUUGCUGAGAAGGCCACCCUUGUUUCCCAAGUAGAGAUUGCUGCUGAGAGUCUAGCAAGACUUGCAGAGAAAAAUGCUUUCCUCGAAAAAUCUCUCGAUGGCGUCAAUGCUGAGCUUGAAGAAUCUAGUACUAAAUCAAAGAACUUGGAAGAUUCUUUUCACUCUCUCAAGAAUGAGAGGUUGGGUCUUGUUUCCGAACGGGACACACUUGUCACCAUGUUAGAAAGCAUGCGUGAAAGGCUGGAAGGUCUUGAGCAAUGUUGCACAGAGUUGGGUGAAAAACAUGUGUAUCUGGAGAAGGAGAAAGAGGCACUACUUCAUGAAGUCACGGAAGUACAGGGCUUACUGGACCAAGAAAAAAAAAUGCAUACAAGUUUUGCUCUGAGCAAUGAGAUCCUUAUAGGUAAUCUGGAGGACCACAUUCAUAUACUGCAGGAAAAGCAUCGGUUGAUGGAAAAUGAACUCGAAAAAGAAGAGGAUAAAGCUAUGAAAGCUCAGCUGGAGAUCUCCAUCUGGCAGAUAUGUGUCCAAAAUAUCGAAGAGAUGAGUUACUCUCUUUUGAUUGAAUGCCAGAAUCACCUUGAAGCAUCCAAGUCAUCUGAGAAGCUUAUCACAGAUUUGGAACAGAAAAAUCUCCAUCAGCAGUUGAAUGUUGAUACUUUGUCGAACCAAGUGGAUAAUCUGAAAAUGGGGAUUCGUCAAGUGUUGAAGCUACUUAAAACUGAUGUAGAUUAUGCAUGUCCAGAUAAAACUGAAGAAGAUGAGAGACUUGUUCAGCAUAUUUUGAAGAAGAUUGAAGAUGUUGUUUGUGAGUUAUUCCAAUUACAAGAUGACAAGCAGCAAUUAUUGUCUGAGAAGUUGGUUCUUGUUACUGUUUUUCAACAACUGACGAGUGAUUUGCAAAACUCAAGCUUAGUUUAUCGAGAUGAAAACUCAAAGUUACUUGAAGAAAUCAAAUCUUUGAGAAAUGACUACUCAAACUUGAAGGAAGAAACAUGCAUGCUAGAAGAGGAAAGCAUUUAUCUACUCGAGGAAACUAUGUUUCUGAGCAACCUUUGUUUAGUUCUGAAGAGUUUUGGUGCUGAACUGAAGAGUUUUGGUGCUGAAAAAGUUGCUGAACUUAAAGGGCUUGGAGAAGGUUUGGAAUCCCUACAAGGACUAAAUGGUGGUCUCGAGCAGGAAAUUAAAAUGAUGCAUGAAGGGAUUAAAAUGGUCGAAGCAGAAAAUUUAAAUCUCAAAGCUGCAGUUGACAAGUUGGAAAUUGAGCUUAACGCAACAAGGAACCAGAAAGAUAUGGAGCUCAGACCUGUAGAGGUUUGCAACACGGACCUCGAUGAUGAACGUACUGCAGAAUUUGUAAAGCUGAAAGAAAGUCUUUGUGCAUUGGUAGGUGAAAAUAAAGAAAUGAAGUCUGACAUGACAAGAUAUGCACAAGAUAUGGGUCCUCUGGUCGAGAGUAUAAAUAAUCUUGAAGAUCUUAUGUUUUCACAUAUAAGCUCCGAUUCAGCAGAUAGUCAGGAGAUUAAGGAUGUGGCGAAGCCUCGACAUGAUAGGAGCUCUCAGCUGAGUGGUGAUCAGACUCUCACAAUGUCAGUUGGAAUCCCUGACUUGCAAGAUCUGCAGAGAAGGGUAAAAGCAUUUGAAAAGGCACUGAUAGAGAUGAAGAGACUCAUUCAACAGGAAAGCAUGGGCGUCAACAAUAAGACGAGCAAAGCUGUUCAGGUGGAACCCAAUGGUCUCAUUAAUAGGAAUUCCGAGCUUGAUACUUCUAGCGGUGCAAAGAAUGUGAUUAUAGUGAAAGACAUUCCACUCGAUCAGGUUGCAUCGUCUUCAUCUUACGAUCACCGACGUGACCUAUAUGCAACUAGCUUAAGAAGAAGCGCUCCAAUUGAUGAGCAACAGCUCGAGUCAUGGGGCAUUGUUGAGAAGGACUGCACCAAUAAUAUGACGGUGAACAAUAACCCAAAAGGGGCAUCUCCUGUGAGGGAAACUGGUAAUAGUGAUUGCCUUCAAGAGCACAACUCUUCAACAAUUUUACAGGAAGAGAAGGAGAUGGUCAUCGACCAUCUAAAGGUCCCCAAGAGAGUUUCAUGGGCACAAGAAGGGAAUACACAGAAAGUCCUGCAAAGACUAGCAUCCUACAAUAUGCAACUAAGCAACCUUAAAGGAACUGUGCAAGGAUUGAGAAAAAAGGUCAAGAAAAUCCCGAAAAGCAGGAGGACAGAAAAUUCCGAAUAUGAUAAGGUGGAAGGGAAGCUACAAGAAGUUGGUGAAGCAAUCACUCAGUUGCUUGAUAGCAACAAAAAAUUAAGAAAAAAUCUAGAAGAAACUGUUCCUGUGAAACUUGAUGGAAAGGCUGAGUUAGAGUCGAAAGAAAGCAGAAAUGUCUCAGUGGAAGCACAAAAAAUGUGUGAAAAGAUCCAAUGCCUAGAUUUGGAGGUGCAGAAAAUGCAGAUUGUUCUAAUGAAACUUGACAAUGAACAUGGGGAAGGAACCUCAUCAGAUCCUGCUAGAAGCUCGUCAGCUCCUGCUAGAAGAAAGAGACUUGCACUAAGAGAUCUCCUUUAUAGUGAUAAGGAGAAGCAGUAACCGCAGAAUGAAAGACAGACAGGUUUUGUGCAUGUACGGGACCUUCCAUGUAACGAAACCGAGGUUGGUACAUCUACUGUUAUUUGAUUAUACAACUUGUAAAGACCUCAUCUAUUAGCUUUCCAUUGUAAAUUUUUCUUCCCUUGUUUUACAAUUUUCUGAAAAUUGAGUGUGAUUUAUGUGUACAGACUAAAGAUGUGUUCCUGGAACAAAAUAAUGUGUAAUUUCUUAAUAAAGCUCUGCAUUUCUGAGAUUGAUGCAACCGACCAA